AUGGCGCUAAAAUGUGAGCUUCGAGAAAGUUGCGAAACCCAGCAGCAAAGCCCUUCCCCCUCAACAACCUUACACCUACAGGUCAGAACCAAGUCACUAACAGCUAUACUACUACCAGCUGCGAUCCGCAACUUGCGGAAUAACCCACAGCUUCUCUUUGUCCGCCUUCCGAACAUUCUGUCCUUCCUUUGCAUCGUCGUCGGCGUCGUCUGGCUACUUCUCCUUCCCUUGAACGAGUACUCGCGACACACCUACAUCUCCGAGAAUGCGUUGUUACCGGGCCAGGUGCAUGCCUAUUUCACCGGCAGCGAACAGAACAUCUUCCGAGGAUACAAGAAGGAACUUCAAGCAUUGAUCCAAGAGGGCCGUGACAAUGGGCCCCAGAACCCGGAGGUGGAAUCGACCCCAGCGAUCUCCAAUAAAAUCUCCUCGAUUUUGCAAGCUGCCGGAUUGAAAGUUGCUACACAGAAAUACGAAUACACCUCUGCGGGAAUUGGGUACCAGGGAGAGAACGUCUAUGGUAUCAUCCAUGCACCGCGGGGUGAUGCGACAGAGGCAAUUGUCUUGGUCGCAGCAUGGAAGACUGCGGGUGACGAGUUGAACCUAAACGGUGUGACUCUUGCCUUGACACUGGCCAGAUACUUUAAACACAGCAAAACCGGAACCCAAGCAUGGAUCGACGCAUACCAUGAUCUCCAUCCAGCAUCUGUCCAACCGCUACCAUUGAAGAGUGGUGCGUUGCAAGGCGCGAUGGUUAUCGAGUAUCCGUUCGAGAACCACUUCCACUCUCUCCACAUUGUCUAUGAUGGCGUUAAUGGUCAACUGCCUAACCUCGAUCUCUUCAACACGGCCGUGGCCAUAGCAGGUGGACAGAUGGGCAUCGGCGCCAAUCUGCAAGAGAUGUGGAAGCACGAUGAUACCUACAAGGAUCGUCUGAAGACGAUUCUGCGUGGUAUGACCAAGCAAGGUCUUGGCUAUGCCACUGGAGCACAUAGCAGUUUCAUGCCGUAUCAUAUCGACGCUAUAACCCUCCAACCCAAGGGCGAGGGCUGGGAAGAUGAGAUGGCUUUGGGUCGGACCAUUGAGAGUCUCUGCCGCAGCUUGAAUAACUUGCUCGAGCACCUCCAUCAGAGUUUCUUCUUCUAUCUGCUCAUGCAGUCCAACCGAUUCGUCAGCAUUGGAACCUACCUGCCCAGUGCCAUGCUUAUUGCGGGAAACUUUACUAUCAUGGCGAUUGCAUUGUGGAUGCGAACCGGAUACUACUCGGACUCUAAGCCGAGUGUUCCCACUGGUUCCGAUGCCCCCAAGUCCAAGAGCGUGAAGGCAUCCGAUCCAGCUACCGAAAAGGUUAUUACUGAGACCAAGAUCAACGGAAGUACCGUUGCAGAGCGUGUGUUGGCCUUGCCACUUUCACUGUACUUCACCGCUACCACCUAUAUCUUCGUCGUUGUAGACAUCGUUCUCCCCUUGAUUCUGGCCGCACUACUUUCCAAUGGCCUGGGUAUCUCACGGCCUAUUGUUCCCCAACAAUAUCUCUUGAUCAAAUCGUUUGCGCUGCUCCUGCUUGGUCUUUCCCUCUCUACCCUUGCCACUCUGAACUUCUCCCUCUCGUUCAUGAUCGGUCUCCUCUGCGCACCUCUCACCUUCAUUACUCGCAUUCAGGGCCCCGCGCCAGUGCGAUACCCUAUCUCCAUCUUGGGGCUGGCUCUGCUGAACCUUGUCUCUCCACCUACCGUCCUUAUUGGCGUUUGCUGGUAUACCGGGGUGCCCAUUGAAACCGUGUUGACCCAAGCUGCGUUCGGUUGGGACGUGUGGGGCAUGUGGACGCAAGUAGUGGUCUGGUGUGUGUGGUGGCCGGCCUGGCUAAUUGGAUGUGUCCUGUUGGGAUCCUCCAUGUUCUAA